AUGACGAUAUGGGACCUGGGAAGCAGCCCUUCCCGCCUCAUUGCAUUGUUUACGGCUUCGAUGGAUAAAUAUAACGAGCUUGCGUUUCCCUCGAGGACAAAGCUCAGCCGUACUCAGACUUCAGAUGGCAACCUGACGCCUUCGAGGUCGGCCACUACGCCGAUCACCGGCAAGCGGGCGCAUCGACACUACCCUCAUCGGCACCAUCAUCACCAUCAUCAUCAUUUCCGCGACAAGUCUGGGCCGCAGUCUGCAACUGCAAUUCAACCGUCCUUUACUUUUGGCGAGUAUGGACAUUCCAAAGGGAGUUGGAGCCUGGGUGGCACGCCCGAGGACAGCGUGCCGGUAAGUCGCAGGGAGAGCUUGACCCCAGGGGUAGAAGGGAAAGUAGCCCGGCGGCCCCCUACCGCGGAGGAGAACGCCCAAGCAUAUGAAAAGGCAAGAUUGCGAAACGACGAAUUGCGCGCGACUCUCAACAACCUCUCAACGCAGUCUACGAUUACUACUCGUCGCCUUGAUGAGACCUACUAUAGCAUUCUUGAGAAAGUGUCCACGCUUCAGUCUAGCAUCCACGCGUUGAAGGAGCUGACUGAGCAUGUCUCCCGCCUGCGCGACGAUUAUGAACAGGAUACGUCUCAACUGGAGGCGGAGAUGAAUGCGCAGAUCGAUGCACUGGACGGUAUUGAAGCACAGGCGGAUCGUAUCAACGCGCUGCAGGGACGUGUCAAAGAAGGACGAGCCAAAGUCGAUGCACUGGGGAAUCGGCUGGAGGAUGUAAGGGCAAAAGUUGAGACCUGGGAGAAACGAGAGGGAGAGUGGCAGUCGAGAACAAGUCGGCGACUCACCAUCAUAUGGGGCACGAUUCUUGGGAUAAUACUUGUCCUUUUGCUCGCCUUUUUCUUCCCGUUCAAGCACAUCUUCCGUUCUGGUGGCCCGCCGAUCAUUCCGAAGCAUCCCAAUGACACUUGUUCCGGGCCAGACGUUCCAGAUGAAAAUGCUCUGGGUGCACCACAAUCGCAACUCUUCUACGAGACAAAUCCUUGGAGCCUGAGCGCGGCAGUCUCUUCGACUAAAAGCGCAAAUGCGCGCGCCACAGAUGCCAACGCUUGGGAGCAGAGGAUAUUUCGAGCCUUUGAUGAACUAUGA